AGCCUAUUGAGCUGUCUGUACCUUUAGGAUCCUCAGCUGACACAGAAAGAGACAGCGGGGCGAAUUCUUACAUGGUGUGAUACUUUCAGUCUAGGCCUUCCUGGAGACCAGCUUGUAACCAGGAAGGAACUAGAGAAGUGACCAAGGAAGUAUUCCAUGCUAUUCCUUUACAUAACCUGAGGUAUAAAUAAAGCUGGUCAGAGAGACCUCUCUCUCUUCUUCCAGCGAGGUUUGGGAAUGGUAGAUCCCUGUCUCGGUCUUGCUUAUCUGGAGCUGAGGCCUGCAGUGACUGCUGUUGUCUGCCAUGCGUGAGGGGAGAAGUGCUGGGCUGCGUCUGGCUGUACUGCUUUUCUCAAGGGAAGUGGUGAGAUUCUGUUAGUUCUUUAUUUUGUUAGUUACUGGGUUUUUUCGAUUGUGCAUACCUGUUUUGGUUUUGUCCAUUUUUGUCCCUUUAUGUCCUUUUUCCCCCUUCCCUUCUUUCCCUUUUGGGAGCGAUUUGGGGUUCCUGUGUUCAUAUGUACAUAGCACCUUAAUUGUAUAUCUGUAAUAUAUGUAAAAUAUAUAUAUAUUUUUUAUAUAGCUCUUGCUAUUCCGUUUUUUUUUCUUCUCUCUCUUCUGGGAGCUUUUCUUCUGUAGUCUGUGGGGUUUGGUGGGAAGCCAACUACAACCGGCUACACAUGGAGAAAGUCAUGGCAGCUUCAUGUGAAGUCAGAAGACCAGGCCAGCUUAAGUUUAUACCAGAUGGGGCUCUAGCACUCUGAUAUUCCUGUCACCAUUGGAAUUGAAGUUCCUGGAAUGAACUUUUGUUUGCACCUUGCUGAUUAAAAUUCAGCUUUACAGCUCCUGCACUUCUUGCUGAAUGGAAUCUGCUGUCAGCAAGGACUUUAAGCUGAGUAAAACCACUUCAAACAGAGCAGAUCACAGAGACUGUCAAAUAAUAUCUGAUGACAUGAUGAUAAUUAACAUAAAAUAGUUCUGCAAUAACCCACAAUGAAAACCACAGGCAGAACCUAGAUCUGUGCUCUCAGAACUGAGAAGACAGGGAAAGUUCAGUCUCCAGCAAGGCUGUGAUGGUUCUGCAUAGCACCUUAAACAGUGCUUGACUUUACUGCUGUGUGGAAAUGGGAACUUACUGAAAAUGUAUCCUUAGUUGCACUUUGUUGACAAUGUCUUCAUCCUCGACUACGUCUCAGGCUUCAGUUUUCUUUCCACUUUUUCUCCUUUCCAUGAAAUGCACACCACACUUCUAAUUGAUGCAGCCAGCAAAACCAGACAAAUUUCACUCCUCUACAUGCAUUAUUUUUCCAUCUGGGUCAUCCUCUGUCCCACUUUGGUCUUUCUCAGGACCAGUCAUGGCAGUCUGGUAAAGUUCCUGCUGACUGAAAAGGGGAAACACAACCCCCACUUUUAAAAAGGGAAAUAAAGAAGACCUGGGGAACUACACACUGGUCAUUCUCACCUCUGUGCCUGGCAAGAGCAUGGAGCAGAUCCCCCUGGAAAUUAUGCCAAGGCAAAUGGAAAAUAAAAAGGUGAUUUGUGACAUCCAACAUGGCUUCACUAUGGGAAAAUAGUGCCUAACAAAUUUGGUGGCCUUCUACAACAGGGUUACAGCAAUGGUGGCUGAGGAAAGAGCAACUGAUGUCAUCUACCUGGACUUGUACAUAGCACAGGACGCUGUCCCACACAACAUCCUUGUCUCUAAACUGGAGAGGCACAGACUACGUGGUGGAUCAGGAUUUGGCUGGAUGGUCACACUCAAACAGCUGUGGUCAAUGGCUCCACAUCCACGUGGAGAGCAGUAAUGAGUGGUGUUCCUCCAGGGGUUGAUAUUGGGAUUGGUGCUGUUCAACAUCUUUGUUGGCGACAUGGACAGAGGGACUGAGUGCACCCACAGCAAGUUUACCAACAACACCAACCUGUGUGGUGUGUUCAACAUGCUGGAGGGAAGGGGUGCCAUCCAGAGGGACCUUGACAGGGUUGAGAGUUGGGCCUGUACAAACCUCAUGAAGUUCAACAAGGCCAAGUGAACGGUCCCACACCUGGGUCGGGGCAAGCAGCCCUGAGGAGAAAGACUUGGGGGUGUUGGUGAGUGAGAAGCUCAACAUGACCCAUCAGUGUGCACUCACAGCCUAGAAAGCCAAACACAUCCUGGGCCGCAUCAAAAGCAGUGUGGCCAGCAGGUCGAGGGAGGUAAUUCUCCCCCUCUGCUCUGCUCUGGUGGGACCCCACAAGUGGAGUACUGCAUCUAGUUCUGGUGUCCCCAACAUAAGAAGGACAUGGACUUGCUGGAGCGAGUCCAGAGGAUGUUCAUAAAGAUGAUCAGAGAUCUAGAGCCCCUGUACUAUAAAGACAGGCUGAGAGGGUUGGGGUUAUUCAGCCUAGAAAAGAGAAGGCUCUGGGGAGUUCUUAUAGCAACCUUCCAGUAUCUAAAGGGGGCCUACAAGAGAGAUGGAGAGGGAGCUUGCAAGGGAAUGUAGUGGUAGGACAAGAGGGAACAGCUUUAAAUUGAAAGAGGGUAUUUAUUUAGAUUAGAUAUAAGAAAGAAAUUAUUUACUGUGAGAGUGGUGAGACACUGGAACAGAUUUUGCCCAGAGAAGUUGUGGGUGCCUCAUCCCUGGCUGUAUUCAAAGACAGGCUGGAUGGGGCCCUAAGCAACAUGCUCUUGGGGAAGGUGUCCCUGCCUGUGGCAGGAGGGUUGGAAGAGAUGAUCUUGAAGGUCCCUUCCAACCCAAACCAUUCUAGGAUCCUGUGAAUUCUAUGUCGUGGGAUCCUGGCUGUCAUUGUGCAAGUUAGAGAACAGGCUCCUAUGACUAAGAAAUAAAAUGCUCGUCACUUCUUGUGGUAAACUUAUGUUUCCUGUCAUGUCCUGCCGCAGACUUCUGUGACACUUCCCAAGUUUUGCUGCCUUCAACUAGAAGUUGCUCCCAAAGAGUCUUAAUGGCAUCUUAAAUAAUAUUUUCCUACCAAAAGAAUCCAUCUGUCUAACUUCUGGUUCUGAAUGAAUUUCCUGUAGCAAAGAUCUUUCAUGAUGACAAUUUAAAGUAGGACUUUUCUUGUUUAAAAGAGAGUUUGUUCUCUUCCAAAAUCUCCUCUAUCCCAUUGAAUAUUUUAAAUUUUUAUAUUUAUGCAGCAAUCUUGUACCCAAUACACCACAUCUGCACAUUUAUACCACCUUAGUUUCCUCUUGUCUUUGCAUCAAAUUUGAGCACCACUUCUUUUACCUUGGAAGCCUGAUACUGAUUACAUGUUCUCUCUCCAGCCUUGUAUCUUAAUCUCUACUUACAAAAAGACCUCUUCUUCCUCUCCAUGCCCUUGUCUAAAAUGCAGCUAUGAUAUCUAUUCACAUGCAUUACUAAUUCCAAGGUCAGUGAUAAAUACUCAGAAAACAAACUAGUGUUAUUGAAAAUAGCACAUUGAAGUCCUCAGAACAGUGUGGAGGAGUGUCAAAAUGUGAUAUUGUAUUUAAAAAAUCAAGGGGGGAAAAUAUGCAGAACACCCUCCCACAAAAAACUAUAGCCAAUGAGAUGAUCCUGGGACCAAGAUGAUCCAGCUAAAUUUGUGUCUUACAUUAUUUUCUUUACAUGAUCAUUAUCAGUCUUUUUUUUUACUUAUUUACAUAAGACCUUAACUCACACUCCUCUGUUCCACUGAACAUCAAUGCAGACAAUUUUGGAACACCAGUCUGAUCAAAAAAAAUUACCAGAAUAUCAGACAGCAGUCAUCAGCAGAGUUCAAACAUGGUGUGCAGUCCUAGUGCCUCAGCAGUUCAUUUCCUGCCAACUUUGAUCUGUUUUCUGUAUUUACUUCUUAUGUCUCUGUCCUCAGUGGUAAUUACUCUGACUCCUAGCUUUCAAACAAGACAAAAAGCUGAAGCCUUUUUUCUCCUUGACCCACAGAACUGUACUAGGGAAGUGCUGUGGCUUAAGAAGGGAGACAGAACUCUGAAUCUGAAAUUAGUAGCUCAGUGAGGAAGUGGAGAAACAGGAAGAUACAAGGAAGAAUUGUCUUGGAGGUAGUACCAAAGAAGUGUCAAAGAAGUAGUAGUAGUAACAGACAUGACAAACAUAAAGAAUAAGUUUUUCUCUAGCUUCCCAAGACUAACAUUUCCUUUUUGAUAUUAAACUCAACCUUGCAUAAUCUCCUCUGCUUUUACCCUUUCUGAACUCUGCUGCAGGGUUUAUCUUCACUUAUCAGCCUCCCGAGGAGAGCCAAUGAACGGAAGGCAGAACUGCUCAGCCUGUUUCCUCAGUGUUCGCCCAGGCUCUCAGCACAGGAAGCUUAGUGCUCUGAAAAGUCAGAAGGAGGAACCCCUUCAGCUUUGAGGAGCCAGUUGAUCAGGAGCAUGCACAGCUAGAAGAGAGGAGUUGGAAAGGGAGAGAGGAAACACUUGACACCGACUGCUGAGGGUGCAUUGGGAGGCAAUAAACUCUCCCCGUGACCACAGUUAGGUUGGUGUCGGGAUGGAUGGAGUGACGGAGCUGCCUAAGGCAUGAAAGCAGGAACCAACAUGAAGAUUUCUGGGAAGACUGUGUAUAUGUUUGUGCUGCUCACCAUCAUUGUUAUGAGAUCGGGAGGGAACAACGAAGUGUCAGUGACUGUAGGUGACAGCUCAGUGCUCACCUGCCCUCUCAAACCAAAUAUAAAUAUGCUAACAUGGAAAAUAUAUCCCAAGGUUGGAGGCCCCUGCAACUUGGGCUACAGGGCUGAUACGAAUACAACAGACAGAACAAACUGCAGUGACAGCAUGAACUGGAAAUUCAGACCAGAUCUUGGUCCUGUGCUUGAGAUAAAGCAAGUGGGGAUAGCCCAGGAGGGAAAUUACAUCUGUGAACUUGUAACACCAGAAGGGAAUUUCCACAGGACAUACCACCUGACUGUGCUGGUGCCCCCAAGGCUGAGCCUCUUCUGUGAUGAGCACGGGAAGCCCGUGUGCGAGGCAGCGGCAGGGAAGCCGCCUGCUCAGGUCUCGUGGCUCCUAGAGAGCAACUCCUCCCUUGAGGAAGAAAGCCACGACAACGGGACAGUGACUGUUCUCAGCAGGUUGACAGCAUGUGACACCAACGUGACUGACACAACCUGCAUGGUGUUCCACCCAGCUGGGAGCUGGAGUGAGUCCAUAGCCUGUUGUCCCUCAGACAAAAAGAACUCUAUCCUGUAUGUCUCCAUUACCCUUUGUCUUCUGAGCAUUAUGACCUUCAUGGCUGUCAUUUACUACAUCAAGCUCCACAGUAAUAGACUGUGCCACAAAACCAUGCCUCCUGAAACUGAUCCUAUACAGAAUGACACGAUGGAAGUGGAACCUUAUACUACUUACGUGCAGAAGGAAAACGUAAUUUACAACUCAGUGUCUGAUCUGACAGUGGGGCAGAAUCUUCCACAAGAACUGUGGCCCGAAACAUGAACAAUACAACAACACUGGAAAAGGAAAGACAUACUUUAUAAAAGACUGGUUAUAUAGAGAAACUUCUCAGAGGAUUUCUUCAGAUUUUGGGGCAGCAUAGCUCACUAGGUCUGUUCAGACACCUGUGCUUGCCGAUGAGUCUUUAUAGGUCUAUUUUUUCCCCCCUGUUUUGCCUUCUUCUUUGGGAAGGGAAACAGUGAUAUUCCUUGCAAAAAUGGACUGACCCCAUAACACAGUUUUUCCUGGAAUAGAUGUUGUGACCAGUGUUCCCUUUAGUGUUCUUGCCCUGAAGGUUCUAGUUUUGUCAGUCACUUCUAAAUGUAACUUUGAUGCACCUGACACUAUGAUGCACACAUUUGGGAGACCAGAGGAGUGUUAUUUCUGAACUAAAAUGAAACACUCUUCAAUCAGCAGCCACCUUUUUCUAAUUCACACUUUACUAACAUAGUGACCCAAGUACCAAUCAUCACUGAAUACCUCAAAUAGCAGAAGAUAUUGGUAGGGAAGACCCAGUUCUGAAAAUGGAAAUGAGUGAUAAAUUUAGAAGAUCAUUCACUAAGAAAGAGUCUUCGCUAACAUGAUUAAUUUACUUGUUAGUUUCAUAUUCAAUAACUCAGGAUACUAUUAUAGGAUAUAGUCCUAUAGGACUAUAGGAUACCAUUAUAGGAUAUAUGUCCAUCCAGAGGAACCUGGACAAGCUGGAGAAGUGGGCCAAUGAGAAUUUCACAAGACCAAGUGCAAGGUGCUGCAAAUGGGUUGGGGCAACCCAUGGUAUCAAUCCAGGCUAGGGGAUGAACAGAUCAAGAGCAGCCCUGCUGAGAAGGACUGGGGUGUGAUGGUGGAUGAGAGGCUGGACCUGACCCGGCAAUGUGUGCUCACAGCCCAGAAAGCCAAAUGUGUCCUGGGCUGCUUCAAAAGCAUCGUGGCCGGCAGAUGGAAUGAGGUUCUGCCAUUCUGCUCUGCUCUGUGAGACCCUAUCUGAAGUACUGCUUCCAGCUCUGGUGUCUCUAACACAAGAAAGACAUGGACAUGUUGGAGCAGGUCCAGACGAGAGCCACAAAGGUGGUUAGAGGGAUGGAGAACCUGUCGUAUGAGGAAAGCUUGAGAGAAUUGGGAUUGUUCAGCCUGGAAAAGAGAAGGCUUAGCGGUGACCUAAUUAUGACCUUCCAGUACCUGAAGGGAGUCUACAAGGAAAAUGGGGAGGGGUUUUCUACAAGGGUAUGUAGUGACAGGACAAAGGGGAAUGCCUUCAAACUAAAAAAGACUAGGUUUAGAUUAGAUAUUAGGAGAAAAUUCUUUACUGUGAGGGUGGUGAGACACUGGAACAGGCUGCCCAGAGAAGUUGUGGAUAACCCCAU